UGUCGAGAAACAGGCCGAUCAAAUAUGUUGCUGUUGAUAUCUUUUCCUAUAUCGAGGACUGCCGUACAGAAAUUGUUCUUUCAGGAGCUGUUGUAUUCCCUGUAGAAUAGCGCGAAUGAUGUUGAGAAAAUAAGAUUUUUGUACAAUAAUGUGAAUUCCAUGUGAAAUGCUGAACCGUGAGGCAACAACUCGGCCAUCAAUCAUAUCUACCCACAAGAAUAACUGUACAUGGCAGGCUUUGCCAUUCACUUUUGGUUUUGAUAAGUUUUAUUUUUUACUUUUCCUUCACAUGUAAAACUAAAAUUAAGUUGAAUAUGCUUAAAGCCAUGAAUAUGCCGUGGCCGUUUUCCCUAAUUAUGUCGCUCUACCUCUACCCACAAAUCCAUUUUCUUGCUGGGUCUGUGCUGGUUUUCCGCACGGCAAGUGCGGUAUCAGUCGUCGAGAUUAAACCAGCAGCACAGGGUUCUCCAGUUCCAAAUGCCGCGAUCCAGGAGGGAGGUUUCCCCUCUGACGCAGCUAGCAUUUGGGUUCGAUCUUCGGAUGUUACGCAAGAGAAAAGCGCCUCAGAAUCUUCGGACAGCGGACUGCAACGUAUCAACGUCUUGUGUCAGUUUUGGUUUUAUAUACAUAGAACUUGCGCUUUUAGCAUUCGGAUAUGCUUGUUGAAUUCUACUAAAGCAAAGAAAAGGAGACCAUCAUUGAUUGUAUGCGCAGGUAAAGAGGCGCAGGAAGAUGAGACAACUGCGCCCCUUGAGACAACAGCACAAGACGCUCGCACGGUUGCAAGAAAAGAUUUCGUGGACCACAUACGGGGUUCCGAGGAGGCCUUACUGAUGUUUGGAAGAAGCAAAUUAUUACGCGAAACCCAAGGGGUCCUGAGUUUUCUGGCACCGACAGAUGUCGCAUCUUGGUUGCAAACAAGCAAAUCGAACGCGGAUAGGAAAGAUACGCUCAAUGCCAAGGUCAGAGCGGCAGCCAUUGAGCAGAACAAGAAUGACCUGCUUCUGGAAAAUCGCACUGAAAGUUGUGAGGAUCUUUUUCUGGAAGUUUUACGCGAUCGUUUGGGGAAGAAGAAGCCUCGGGACUUCUGGAAUGCGGGGGUAGAUAAGGGCAAGGAUUUUCUGAAAGACUAUCGCAAACGCAUCGAGGAAGAUGACGACCCUAUAGAGGAACCACAGAUACUGUCUGAAUCCGGCACCACAUGGAGCGUACUACUGCUUUCUUUAUCAGCGUCUUCAUUCUUUUAUAUUCAUUUUCAUAUAUCUGUUCUUGUGCAAAAAUAGCCUGCUGGGUGCACCAGCAAAUCUGCAUGAGCAGUAGCCAUUUUUACGACACUUCAUAAAUGUUUAUCUAUAUCAUGAUCUUCCAUUUUGGACUCCCAUUUCAGGUGCGCCUUCUAAUGACGAUGGCGGCGGAGACCUGCAACCCUGCGGCAGGGCAUUUGCAGACGCAGAACCGCAUGUUUUCCAUGAGGGAGAACUACGGAAAGAGAAAGCUUUCCAAGGGGUGUCACAGGAAUGACAUAUCAUUCUUUCGUGAGGUGCUCGAUUUUUUUCAUGAAGACGUUCGAUCGCGCCGGCCACACAAAACAUCUCUUCGACCGGAUUCUGCCGCGUCCGGCGGUGUAGCUGCCGAAACGUCGUCCGCGAAGCAGCGCAAACUCGUUGUAUGGAAUCCGCCGCGGGCGCGUGCGUUUUACUGGGGCCGCAACACCAGACGUGCCGUAGACAUGGCUUCGAACCCUCAUAUCAAAGUAAAACAAACGUCAGUGCCUCUCUUAUUAAAUUGCAAGUGAAAUAAUCGAAAUGUAGGGUGCUCAUGUCGGUUUCGGUUUGCCCCUCCAGAUAGAUGCAUUCAGCUUGCGGGCAUUACCGACUGGGAUCGUCCUCAUUACGACGCUUAUCUAUCAUCCCCGGUCACCGUAGUCAUGCAGUGGUAGCUGGGGCACUAAUGUUGUUUUGCUUCCAUACCGGACCGUGAAUUACUAGAUGCUAGGUGUCGACUUGCGAUGGCCACAGAGCUACUUUUUCAGAAGCACACGGAAGUUUAUGAAACCCGGGACUUCCAAGUCAAAAUUGGUACACUUAUUCACUUGAUAUCCUAGGUAGCAUCGAGGCGAAUAUUUUUGCAGAAAGCAGUAUCACGCAACUGUGUUUUGUUUCAUCAUUUUAUGCAGGAAAUCCUUCGCCAGAUCCAUGUAUUAUAGAGGCAACCGUACCAAAACCAAAUCCAAAAAAUGUGCAGGUUACUGCAUCAACCCCUUCGUCGAAUAUUGGGUCGGUGCUGAAUACGAGUAUGGCCUUUCUGUAGCGGAGGAGAUUCGGGAGGAUUGGCACCCCAAUUUUCGUAAGCUAUUUCGCAAAUACGCCAAGCGGUGGCGCGACGGUAGUGAUGGGGUCGACUUGCGCUGGUCAUACGAACAGUUUCAGUGGGAUUGGCGCACAUUUCAUGCCAAGCGGCUUCGUGACACAACUGCUUACAACAGUAAAAAGCGUGGAGGAAAACCUGUUCCGGAAAUCCUAGCCGCGAAUCCAGGGAGGUUCUUGGUCGUGAACCCGACAAGAAUUGCCGACGAUCUUUGCUAGAGAGAGCAGGCCGCAACGCUGUGCGCCGAUUCUGAGUCUGUGCGUACAAAGUCUCUUGCCAGACCAAAAAUGGAACUGUACCUAAGGACGCCAAACUCUGCACCAGCAAAGGCCUCGUCGUCCUGGAGCUAUUGAGCCAUUACUGGCUGCAUUGCCUCGAGCCUUGCUGCGUGUAAUAGUUGCUGCUGCAAAUAUAUAAAGAGACCUGCAGCUGCUGCAUGUCAUGGAUUACGUUAAGAUAAAGAUACUUUUUGCUCUUGCUGCAGCAAGCAUCUUCGGCUGCCCUACAACCGGAAACCUAUUUCUAUAUUUUCACUUUCGGGCUGCAUGGGCACUGAAUAAACUCAAAUGCGACUUUGCAGUUUUUCCGCAUUGAAGGUGAAGAUUCGGCACCUGCUAGCCCUUCUAUUUACACAUCGUCGCACUACACGUACAAGCAACCGGCUGACCCAUAUUUAGAUACAUUUGUAAAAUUUUGAGGUCUGUAUGAUUCAUUGAUACAAAAAGAUGAGAUAGCGCAGAACGUAGCGUCACUGCAUUGCUAAAAUACGCACUUUUCUCCUGCAGUCACAAUAUACACCACAAGGGGAUGAAGCUGCAUGAAGGCACGAUACACAAUCUGAAUAGCGAGUAGCUUCUUCCGCAGUUGCUCGUGACAACUUGUCACCAGAGGAAGAACGCGACUCGUGAGCAACAAAAGAUAUUGUUCGUAUCACGGAAAGUUCAUUGUCUUACUAAUCCACUCAUGUUUUUACGAGGGCGAAGCGAAGGUUUGUAUUUAUCUUGGAAAAU